CACACCAUCUUACCCUAAUACGCUUCCGUAAUUUCUUGUCCAUGCAUGACAAUGAAUUUUUAAUAUUUUUUACUUUGAACACACGUCGGCGUUUCUUUUAGAUUGUGAAACUACUUUUUUGUGGAUUGAUUGAGAUGUCCAUGGCUAAACUGGAGGGAAUCAGUCUCACGGACUUUGGGAUAUCGAAGACGAUCGGCUUCCUGCUGGACAGACCACUUAAAAAGCUUCCGGAAUAUUUUGAAGAAUGGAACGCUCUGGCAAAAGAGGCGCCAAAAUUAGCAAGUCAGGACAAGAAAUUGAGAGAUAAAGUACAAAGGUUGCCGUUAUUGGACCAUGAACGUCUCACCACAUACCGUGAAUUACGAUUGGCUCAUCUCACUUUGUGCGCCAUUGCCACGUGUUACAUCUGGCAGGAGGGGGAUAAAGGGGUGCCCAAGGUGUUGCCUAGGACUCUAGCCGUGCCGUGGUGUGGAGUGUCGAGGCGUCUGGGAUUGAAGCCAGUGACAUGUAUCGCCGCAUUCGUUCUGGCUAACUUCAAAAUCAAGGACGCAAACCGGCCAGUGGACUUGACUAAUUUAGAGUGUUUGUACGAGGUGGUUCCCGGUGGCAGACAAGCUGAGUGGUUCGCUAUUGUCAGCGCAAUGAUAGAGUACGACUUUGCUCCCGCCAUCACGCACAUCGUGGAAGCCAUUUCCGCGGCUGACGGAAAUGACGUGGUAGUUUACAAGAACUCGAUGGCGGGAAUCAGAGAUUCGAUUAUCAAGAUGAGGAAUACUUUGAGUAGAAUGCAUGAUGAAUUGGAUGCAGAUGUUUUUUACAACGUCGUUCGUCCGUAUUUUAACGGAUGGGGAGGGCAAGACUCUCCUCUUCCUGAGGGUCUGAUUUAUGAAGGAGUGUCAGAGGAGCCCCAAAAGAUGAUCGGAGGAAGUAACGCCCAGAGCAGUACCCUACACCUGACGGAUGCGGCAUUAGGAAUCAAACAUAAUAACGAUAUUACGGAAUAUUUGCGUAAGGUGUCAACUUAUAUGCCACCCAAACAUGUCGAGUUUACGGAGCUUAUAGCGAAGGAGACCAAUAUUAGAACGUUCGGUAAACUAUCAUUCUCCCUAGACCGUGAUGAAGAAAUCUGGGACUCUUAUAACAAAGCUGUGCAGGCAGUCAUUGAUUUCCGGUCCUAUCAUAUUCAGAUCGUAACAAAGUACGUCAUAAUUGCGGCCAGCAAGGAGACGAGGAGCCGAGACUACGAAUCCGUGUCAUCGAAAGGCACUGGGGGUUCCAGUCUGAUCCCGUUCCUGAAGAGUAUACGUGACACAACAGCUCAAGCCAUCAUAGACUGACUGUCUACUGACCGUCUACUGACUGUCUACAUUGGGAAUCGUCGUCAUGUCGCCAUCCAAAGUUCCAAUAGCUUGGAAGAAUCCACGCCUCCUUCAGCUGAUGUCUUAGAUAUUAAAGAUGCUGUCAGUAAUUGUACAUGUUUGAUAUUUAUUUAGUACAUUUUCAUACUAGAUAUCAACAA